CUCAUUCUGAUUUUUAUGUCUUUUUUCUUAUCAUAUUGAACUUGCCAGAACCUCCAAUAAAAAUAUUAAAUAAAUUGACCCUAGUCAAAAUUCUUGCCUUCUCCUAAUCCCAGGAUACAAAUCACUCAGUAUUUUACCACUUAGUGUGAUGCUAGCUAUAGGUCUCAUCAAACUGAGCAAGGUUUCCUUUUCCUAAUUUUUGGAGUUUUUUUUUAACAUCAUAUAUGAAUAUUGAAUUUCAUUAAAUGCUUUUUUUCUUUUUCUACCUUUAUGAAGAUGAUUGUGUGGCUUUUCUAUUCUUUGUUUCUGUGGUUAAUUACAAUAUUUUUUACUCAUGAGGAGAUAAUUAAUCAAGGAAUAUAAAAGUAUGGUUUAAUUCCCAGGUGAAUAUCAACACAGUCUUAGAAAAGCAAAUAAAUAGUACAGGAAUGGCUAAAGAGAGGAAACUAUGAAAGGCAGAUGAAUGUCAUAGGUUGACAUCUUCUUCACCUUCGUAUCCCAAGUUUCUUCCUAUUUCAAUCCCUCCUCAUUUCAUAGCAUUUGGGGGAGUUUUAAGUAUCUUGCAACUAAUAACAAAGUAACUUGAAGUAAUCUGGAAAAGUCCUGGCCACAGAAGGGGUUUCAGCUGAUAUCGGUGAUUAUAUAGAGAUGAGUGCUUCACAAAAGAAUAAGCUCAAUACCAUAAUGAAUCACUACUUCAUAAGGCCAGAAAAGACUGUUUCAAUCCUUCACAAUACUCAUGGUAAUGUUAAAUGUGAGAGGUAAGUUGAAUGUCUCUGAUAGUUUAUUAUUCUUCUAGUCCCUUCCAUUAUGUUUUAACAGUUUUAUUGGCAUGCUAGUAUAGCUAGUUUUAUUCAAUCAUGUAUUUCCUUCUGUUUUCCCAGAAAUAUUGAAGAAGAAAGUAUUCCCCAAGGUUCCUCAAGAAGAUGUCCUCUGCCAAUGGCACUGCCUCAUAUCCCUCCACCUUCCUUCUUCUGGGAGUCCCAGGUCUGGAAGCUUUCCAUGCCUGGAUUGCCUUCCCUUUCUUUGUUGUUUAUCUCAUAGCACUUGUGGGGAAUGUCACCAUCCUGUUUGCGAUUAAGACUGAGCAAAGCCUUCACCAACCCAUGUUCUAUUUUUUAGCUCUUCUCUCCUUUAUUGAUCUAGGCCUCUCCACUUCGACCAUCCCCAAGGUGCUAGCCAUUUUCUGGUUCAAUCUCAGGGAGAUAAGCUUUGAAGCCUGUCUCAUCCAAAUGUUCUUCAUCCACACCUGCACUGGUAUGGAAUCUGUUGUGCUCCUGGCCAUGGCGAUUGACCGUUUUGUGGCCAUCUGCUACCCCUUGAGAUACACCACCAUCCUCACCAACAAGGCAGUAGCAUUCAUGGCCUCCAUUGUAGUGGGUAGGCCAGUCUUCCUCGUCAUCCCUUUCUGCCCUCUUCUCAAGCGAUUGCCCUUUUGUGGACACUGCAUUAUCCCUCAUACCUACUGUGAACACAUGGGAAUUGCUCGUCUUGCCUGCGCUAGCAUAAGAGUCAACAUUAUCUAUGGCUUGUUUACCAUUGCUGCCCUGAUCUUUGACUUGAUCCUUAUUGCCCUCUCUUAUGUUCAGAUUCUCUGUGCUGUUUUCCACCUUCCUUCCAGGGAUGCCAGGCUCAAAGCACUUAGCACAUGUGGUUCACAUGUCUGUGUCAUCUUGGCCUUUUACACACCAGCAUUUUUCUCCUUUAUGACUCAUCGGUUUGGUAAAAAUAUUCCUCGCUACAUUCACAUCCUCUUGGCCAAUCUGUAUGUGGUCAUUCCUCCUUGUUUAAACCCAGUCAUUUAUGGAGUCAGGACAAAGCAAAUUCAGGACCGGAUUGUGAAAAUAUUUGUAAACAAAGAGUGA